CCAAUUCAACAUGAACGACCUCUUAUCUGCGUCGUUUGGUAGCCCUCGAAGAUCUGGUCAUGGCGGUGGAGAUAUUGAAAUGGGAAUACAACAUGCUUCACAAUCUGGAGAAUUAGAACUGGAUGAUCAUUUUAAGAUGGUUCAACACAUCGAGAAAGAAUUCGACGUGCUUAAUAAACUUCUGAAAAAACUACAGGAUGCUCAUGAGGAAUCGAGAUCCGUAACCAAGGCUGCUGCCAUGAAAGCAAUCAAGCAGCGAAUGGAGAACGAUGUUGAUGAGGUUGGAAGGGUUGCUCGUUUUAUUAAAGCCAAAAUUGAAGAACUCGAUAAGGAGAACUUGAUCAACAGACAAAAGCCUGGAUGUGGGCAAGGAACUGGAGUAGACCGAUCAAGAACAGCAACUACACUUGCCUUGAAGAAGAAAUUUAAAGAUAGGGUGAAGGAAUUUCAGACGUUAAGAGAAAGCAUACAUCAAGAACAUCGUGAGGUCAUUGAGAGACGGGUGUUUACAGUAACGGGAACCAGAGCUGAUGAAGAGACAAUUGAUCGACUAAUAGAGACAGGGAAUAGCGAACAAAUUUUCCAAAAAGCAAUUCAGGAACAGGGACGAGGCCAGGUGGUUGACACACUUGCAGAAAUCCACGAGCGCCACAGCGCAGCAAUUGAAGUAGAAAGGAAGCUUCUCGAGUUGCAACAGAUAUUUUCAGAUUUGGCUAUUUUAGUGGAUUCUCAAGGGGAAAUGCUAGACAACAUAGAGACACAUGUGUCGAGUGCGGUAGAUCAUGUGCAAAGUGGGAACAGAGCCCUUCAGAACGCGAAGAAAUUAAAGAAGAACUCAAGGAAAUGGAUGUGCUUGGCUAUUAUAGUUUUGCUCAUAGUCAUCAUAUCCGUUCUUGUUGGCGUAUUCAAGCCAUGGGAAAGUACCAAUGGCAUUUUAGCUUAACGGCUAAGAAGCUGGGCAUACUCAUCGGUGCUUAUACUUGUGAGGAUCUUCUGUAGGGACAGGAUGUCCGAUGUGGCAAUGAUUAUUGAGAAGCUUUUCCAGUUUAAUAUGUCUGCAAAUGGAAGAUCAUAGUGGUUCGCGAUGAUUGUGGGGAUACAUCCGUGAUGCAAUGCAUCACCAAUGCGGGCUGUGUUUACCUCAAAUCCCUUGACAUGGAGACAGAAUUUGCUGUCGAGAAGCGCCUCUUCAUAAGGCGUGUUUAGGUGACCAGAAUGCACAGAAAUCUCCGUGUCAUUCUGCCAUGCUUUGAUAAGCCUUUCACGA